GGACAGUCCGUUUUGCCUCAUUUCACGGCUGCCAUGGUUGUGUCCAAGGCGAUAGCACCUCCUCCAGGAUUGGAGGCAUCUGAUGGCUCCAAAGGACCGUGUCGAGCGAACAAUUUCUCGAGUUAUGCCUAUGCCACGCCUGCCUGGACACCCAUGGGCAGUAUGGCCGACGGCUACAGGGGGCAGAUGCCGAGGCCCAACCAGGGCGGAAACUACCAAGGAUACAGCAACUUCAAGACUGCAGCUGCAGCCAAAGCUGCUUUGCAGAUGUUCCAGGGCCCUGGCAACGAGGAACGCCGACGCGCAGAAGAGGCGGCCAAGGCCAACGCUCGGAGGCUGAUGAAUGCACCUUUGCCAAAGGCUGGUGCCGACGCGCAGUCGAGGCCAAACGAGGAGCCUAGAAAUGAGAUGCCCAGGCUGGAAAAGCCUCAUGCCCCUGUCGCCAAGGCAGAGACCUUCGACGGUAGGCCGAGCCCAAACAUGUCAGGUGGUGGCUCUUCACGCUACACAGGAGUUCUGAAGGUCUUCAAGCAAGAGAGUGGUUAUGGCUUCAUCGACUGCGAGGAGCUGAAAAAGCUCUACGGCUGCGAUGUCUUCAUGAACCAAGGCAUCGAGGGCGGCAUCGUGGUAGGAAGCAUUGGCGCGAGAAGCCAGACUGGAGGCGGACAAAGAGAACGAGGACGAUCAAGGUGAUCAUCGUCUUCGGAUUGGCGAUGCCUUGGGCAAGGUCUUCAAGGGCACCGUGAAGAGCUUCAACGUUUCCCGGGGCUUCGGCUUUUUGACAGCUCCAGAGCUUCAGCGUUUGUUUCCGGGCAAAGAUGUCUAUGUGGCACAGACGCAGGUUCCAGAUAACCGACCGCUGACCAGUGGGUUUGAGGUGGAAUUUACUCUACACGUCACCCAGCAGGGGCAGCCACAGGCCAAGGAUUUGAAGUUAAUGAACACGUCUCCCGAGCUCGAUUACCUUGGUGAGCCACCAACUGCUGAGAGUGUCGGCCACAAACUCCUUUCGAUGCUGUCGUGAAGUGGAUCAGGAUCUGGGCUGCGCUUUCUUGAC